AUGGGCAAACCCGCCUCCGAUCUCCCCGAUCCUUCUCUCGGCCCACACCGGGGUUACACACUGGCAACCUUAAACAUAUGUAGGUUUUUAUCUCGUUUUUAUAUCCGCCAGGGAAGUGAGGAAACACAGAGCAACGGCAAAGUCGAGGAUCCACCUGGCGUUUGGGGCAUGUUGGACGAUGUGAUAGCGUCUUCGCAAGGCAUCCCUCCCGCCGACUGGCCAAUGAAUAAAGGGGUUCCUGGGCCAAUCUCCACCAGGAAUAUCGUUUUUGCUCUGGAGGUCAGGGGAGUGACGGGAGUAGACCGAGAUAGUGCCCAGCUGCUAAGCCUCGUGGAAUCUCUCUACAUCAAAAAAUACUACAAUACGUAUUAUCAAAGAGCAGACCGCAAACAACGCGAUGCUGUCCAAAAUCUCAAGAUAUCCGGGCUUCUACCUCUACGAGUUACCGCAGUAUAUGUGCAUGUGAACCCACAUUCCUAA